AGUGGCCAUCAAGUAGCCUACCUCACAGUCAGACCAGCCCAAGAUGCCUUUGUGGUCAUACGAGGCGAUGUGAGCACUUCAGACUCCAGAGGUCUCCGUCCAGCAUGCAGCAACAUUCCCCUAUCCAGAUUCUGCCCCUCACGUUCUAGUGCAGCGGACAACGGUAUAGGAGAAGACCGCUCAGAGCCACCGAGACAGAGGGAACCUGAGGGACGCACGCUUCCCGAAAGAGACAGAAAGAACGGGAACUUUGAUUUGACGCGAGGCUGAUAAAAUUACGAUAAUAUAGAGCUGCAUUCCUUAGUGAAGGGAUGCAUUGACAUUUCGUGUGUUCAAAUAUGAUGUCCCUGGUUCCCUGCUCAUUGUAGAUUAUAUUUAAUGUAUCUCUCCUAUUUCUGAUGUGCUACUUCAUUGUGACUGUACACUUGGGUUACACGCAUGAAUUUUAAGGCAGCCGGAGCGCAUUGUUUCCAGCCUCGUUUCAUGGGAUUUCCAGUCGUGUCGGGUGCGGUGAUGUCUGCAACAUUUCGCUCUUUGUUUCUGGUGCUGCUGAGCCUGCUGAUGGCUGGCGCCCAGACAGAAAUGAAGAGAGUUGUCGGAGACAACGCCACCCUGCCGUGCCACCAUCAGUUCUGGCAGUCCAACGCGCAGUUGCUCGACAUCGAGUGGCUACUGCAGAAGCCCAACUCCAAGCAGAGAGUGAUCAUCACGUUUUUCGGGGGCCAGGUGUACACCAAUGAGGUGACCAGCGAGGCCAGUCGUCUGUCUUUCGCAGGCGACUACCUAAAGGGAGACGCCUCCCUGCUCCUCAGUGACCUACAGCUGACGGACUCUGGAGAGUACUACUGUAAGGUCAAGACGGGGGGAAAGUACCACUGGAGCCAGGUUAACCUCAUAGUGCUGGUGAAGCCCUCUAAGCCACGAUGCUGGAUGGACGGCAGGCUGUUAGAGGGCAGUGACGUUAAACUGAGCUGCAAAUCCAGUGACGGCUCAGAUCCUAUCAAAUACAAUUGGGGGAGGGUGCUGGAUAAGGGAAAGAGUGUUGGGAAACUCCCCCUACUGGCACUGAGAGAUCUGAAGAAUCCAGAGAUCGUCACCCUGCGGAACCUGACGAAGGACAGUACAGGUUUCUACAAGUGCACCGCCAGCAAUGACGUGGGCGAGGAGAACUGCAUCAUCGAGGUCACCAUGCAGUAUGUUCGAGGGAUGGGCGUGCUGGCAGGUGCCGUGGUGGGCGUCUCCUUUGGUGUUCUCCUCAUCAUCCUAAUCAUCUGGCUCGUCUUCCGCAAGAAGGAGAAGAAGAAGUAUGAGGAGGAGGAGACUCCCAACGAGAUCAGGGAGGAUGCAGAGGCUCCCAAGGCCAAGCUGGUGAAGCCCAACUCCCUGUCCUCAUCCCGCUCUGGCAGCUCCCGCUCCGGGGCCUCCUCAACACAGUCCAUGGUGCACAACACCGCCCCCCGCGGGCACCGCCCUCGCCUCCCAGCCAUUGCUGCCCUUAAGGAGAACGGACAGCCCCCUGACUUCCCACAGUCCCCCCCAGCCUACACCACGGUGGUACCACCCAACAAGACCCCUGAGCCCCCCGGCACCCCCAAAUACAACAUCAACUCCAGGAACCAGAUCUCUGGGCCCACUCCCCCAACUCUCAUGGUCCCUGCCCAGACCAAGGCCUUUCAAACUGUGUAGGAAGUAGAAGAGAGUCCAUCCUGGCUGUGUUGAAGUAUAAGACCCACCCCCUCCCCCCACCCCUUCAAAGACACAAACUCUUCCGUUAAACAACAAUUAAAAUAAUAAAUAAUAGUAAUCCCAAAACUUUUAAUGAUUGCAUAAUUAAAAAGGGAAAAUAAGAAAUGCUUGCCCCCUACUGAAUAAAAAACAACUAAACUAAACUAAAAACCCGAGACAGAACAUUUCUGUUUAUGUCUCUCGGCUAAAGAACUUAUUUUUACACUUGUCUUUCAACUUUGAAGGCAUGGAAAGCAGUGAGCGGGCACAGCGCUGUGUGCGAUGAGGUGGAAGGAAACCCAGAGUGGAGCUUUUAUUUAUUUAUCAAAUCAAAAGGACGGGAGGAGUGCAGAGAAAAAGGAAGAAAGAAGGAAUGGGAUGAGAAAAGAGAGAUCCAAAGUCAGAGCCAGGUGCCGACGGAGGGAUGAGGGCAUGAAAUACUGAGAAAGAACAAGCCUCUUUAUUUUGGCCUUGUGGUGUCUCUGACUCAUCCAACCACACCGAUCCAAGCAGGCAGACACAUUGGAGCUUCCCGCUACCAACCACACACCCAAAAACACCACUGGCCCACUGACAGAUAGCAGACUGUUUUCCCUGUGAGGAGAGAAACCGUUAGAUCACCCCUCCAAACCACAGGCGGCUGGUGGCACCUUAUUUGAGGAGGACGGGCUCAUAGAAAUAGCUGGAAUGGAAUAAAUGGAAUGGUAUCGAACACAUCGAACACAUGGGGUAUUUCUCAAUUUGCAUACAACCGUACUCUACACUCUCAUGCUCCGAGUGAUGUUCUCUCGAGUACGUUCUUGUGAGGACGAGAGUGUGCAGAACUCAUAAAACAUUUAAUUUGAGAAGCACUCGCACUCCCCCUACUGUAUUACCUCACACUGCAUCUCCCCAUUCACUGAACCUUUUCCAGCCAGGACAAUGGCAACAAUAGACGCAACAAGAUAUACAUAAAACAAACGUUUUACCUAAUAAUUAUCAACUAGAUAUAUGUGAAUCGUAGUACUCUAGUUAGCCACAUAGUUUAACAGGCAAAAAUGACGUAAAACUAAUGUUAUGCAAGGUAGAUGUUCAUUUGUCAUGGGUAGCUAGCUACCUAUUCUUCGUGGCUAGCUAGCCCUAUUAAAUUACAAUGGAUUUACCCAUUCACUGAACCUUCUUCCAGCCAAGACAAUGGCAAUAGAGAUUAAACAAGAUAUACACAAAGCAAACGUUUUACUUCAUAACUAUCAGCUAGCUAUAUGUGAAUCGUAAUAAUGUAGCUAACCACAUAGUUUAACAGGCAAAAAUUACCUAAAGCUAAUGUUAUGCAAGGUAGAUGGCAAUUCUUUGUGGGUCGCUAGCUAACAAUUCUUUGUGGCUAUCUGGCUAGCUAACAGUUGCAGCUAACCAGUUUGCCCUAUUGACUUAUUAUGGGCUUGCAUUCUACGAUACGUAGGCUGGUAAACAUGCCAAAAAUAACACAGCAUGUAUUUAUUAACCUGUCAAAAUACAAUAUUGUAGUCAUGCAACAUAUGAGAUGAGAAUAGGCAACAUUUCAUUCUGAAGUCGGAGUGUAUUUUCUCUCGAUUCAGCUCAAAUAAUGGAUUUCAAGAAAUGUUGUGUCAUUUUUUACGUGGUUGCGUCAUAUUUCUUUACAUCAUUUCUGUUGAAGCUUGCAUCGAUGCAUGCUUCCAAAUAUGUACAAACUCAUUCGAGAAGUGCCCUCUGUGCUCCAUUUCGCAUACUUUGAUUUGGACUCUGACCCUCCCCUUCUCCAAUUUGCGUGCUCGGAGCAUGGUAGUAUGUAUUUUGAGAAACACCAAUGCUUUCCAUGUGUUUGAUACUAUUCAAUUCACUCCAUUCCAGCAAUUAUUAGGAGUCGUCUUCCCCUCAGCAGCCUCCUGUGCUGCAGACACUCAGUGAUGCUUUACGGAAUCUAUGACGUCAUCUAAGACACACCUCCUGUGCUGCAGACACACAUGUUCCAUGGUCCUGACCCCAUUCAGAGAACAGCUCAUCUGCUUUUCUCAACAGGAGAAACUUUAGCCACAUUCAUAGGAUGUAUCACUGACAUGGUAGCCUGAGUUCUGCUGAAACUUGUAUUUUUCUCCCCACAUCCCCUCUCUUAGCUCUGUGGACAUUCUACAUCAGGGAUGGGCAAUUCUGGCCUCCCGAGUCUGUAGUUAUGUCACACUUUCCCCCCCAUCCCUAGCAAACACAGCUGAUUAAACUAAUUGCGUUCUAAACUGAAGAUCAUGAUUAGUUGAUUAUUGGAGACAGGUGUGUUGGCUGGGGCUGGGGCAAAAGUGUGAGGACUGGAGUUAUCAUCCCAUAUAGUAUGUAAACUCCUCCCCAAAUUAACAUAUGGGUAAAUUAGGUGUUAAAGUACAGUACAUAGAGAUACAUGACUGAAUAUACUGGAUAAGAAUAACUUUAAGACAAGGGGGGUAUAGUAUCUCUUCUAUUUCUAUUUUACUCCCCCCACCCGGGCAUGUCUGGACAGGUUGUGAAGGCUGACCCACAGUUUCAAAUAAAUCAAUCAAAUUGAUUCAUAAAGCCCUGCAUACAUCAGCUGAUGUCACAAAGUGUUGUACAGAAACCCAGCCUAAAACCCCAAACAGCAAGCAAUGCAGGUGUAGAAGCACGGUGGCUAGGAAAAUCUCCCUAGAAAGGCCAGAACCUAGGAAGAAACCUAGAGAGGAACCAGGCUAUGAGGAGUGGCCAAUCCUCUUCUGGCUGUGCCGGGUGGAGAUUAUAACAGAACAUGGCCAAGAUGUUCAAAUGUUCAUAGAUGACCAGCAGGGUCAAAUAAUAAUAAUCACAGUGGUUGUUGAGAGUGCAACAGGUCAGCACCUUAGGAGUAAUUGUCAGUUGGCUUUUCAUAGCCGAUCAUUCAGAGCAUCUCUACCGCUCCUGCUGUCUCUAGAGAGUUGAGAACAGCAGGUCUGGGGCAGGUAGCACGUCCGGUGAACAGGUCAGGGUUCCAUAGCCGCAGGCAGAACAGUUGAAACUGGAGCAGCAGCACGACCAGUUGGACUGGGGACAGGAGCAAUGAGUCAUCAGGCCAGGUAGUCCUGGGGCAUGGUCCUAGGGCCCAGGUCCUCCGAGAAGAGAAAGAAAGAGAAAAAGAAAGAGAGAAAAAGAGAGAGAGAAUUAGAGAGAGCAUACUUAAAUUCACACAGGACACCGGAUAAGACAGGAGCAAUACUCCAGAUAUAACAGCUAGCCCCCGACACAUAAACUACUGCAGCAUAAAUACUGGAGGCUGAGACAGGAGGAGUCGGGAGACACUGUGGUCCCAUCCGACGAUACCCCCGGACAGGGCCAAACUGGCAGGAUAUAACCCCACCCACUUUGCCAAAGCACAGCCCCCACACCACUAGAGAGAUAUCUUCAACCACCAACGUACCAUCUUGAUCACGUUAGUGACUCAACCCACUCAAGUGAUGCACCCCCCCCCCCCCCACCACCACCAAUCCCCAGGAUGGGUCAUCGUUGCUUUUUUUUACUAUUUUAUUUACCUCCACUGUUUAGCAAUGUUACUGAAACCAAAGCCUGUCAAAAAUGCCAUGAAUGUGUGUUGAACAAAGAUGGUCACUACGAUUAUUUGCUUUGCUUUGUAAGGUACUGAAUGGAAGGAAGUCAAAGAUCGGUACAGAGGCACACAUUACCUUGAAGUUAAUCCCCCAAAUACUGUGGAUGAGGGAAUGGAGGAAGGAGUAUGACUUUAGUGACUUGUAUUGUACAGUGUGCAUGGUUCCACCCAUGGUAGGUACUCUCCUUGGGAUCCACAACAACAGAGUGGCACUCAAUUACUGUCUCAUUUUGUUUAUGGCUGCUCAGUACGUUGGCCAGGCUUUGGCAUCAGCCAUCCCCUUUGUUGUACAGCUGUCAGACCCAGUGUAGUUUGAAUGAAAGUUUAGAAAAAAAGAACAAGUAGGCAAUUUAGUGUGCCUUUGCAAUCCCUAUCCCCUUUGACGGUUUCUUUCUCUGUCCUUAUCGUGAAUGCACAAGUGGUUUGAGUUAUCUGUGUUGAUCCAGCUUUGGGAAUCUACAGCCAAACUAGAGGGGCGUAAGCCAAACGUGUGAUUAUAUGUAACCCAAUCACAAUGCAGAGAGUGUACAUCUCCUUAACGAGACAACGAUCUAUGCCAAUGGAGUAAUGUACAUUAUGUAGUCAUAGUGUUGUUUUAUAUUAUACAUACAAAUAGAUAUACGCACAUGAUGUCAUUUAAUUUAAUAGACAAGAUGGUGGUGGUGUUGCUGGUGGUGUUAAAACGUCCAAUGAGGAAAGAAAUGCCUUUUCAAAGAGAACAAGAUGGUUUGUAUUGGGCCAGGGAAGCUGAAGUGUUUUAGUUCGAUACAGGCCUUCAAGGCCACACCCACACAUUCUCAUGUUAGCCACUCAUUCAAAGGAGAAGGAGAGGGGGACCAGCCAGGCAUAUCCUAUCUGAAUGGUUAAGGCAUCAGUGCAGACACAGUGUUUAUUUUAGUUUCUGUGACAGUAUAGUAUAUGCCUAUUAUUGAAUUAAAUUCAGUUUCACAGGCAGCAAUCUUGUUUUCGCUAGUGCUAGUGGUGUCUCGAGACAAUGCCUGUCCAUAAUUCAUACUCAUCUAAUCCUCUCGAAGCCGCUCGCAUGCUAUCUGUCUGGUAAUGCUGUCUUUUAAUAUAGGCAUGCACUGGUCUAUUUAUGUAUUGACAGCUUCCCAUCAUACACACACACACCACAUAGUACACAGUGAACCGAAAGCCGAAAUAGUCAGACUUGUUAUUUCUGUUCCUUUAGAAUAAGUUUGAUGGAGGGAAUGUCGGGGGGCAUUAUGACUGACUGAUGGUCCUGCCCAUCAAAGGGAGCACAAAAAUAACUAUUGCAUAGCCCAGGAGACAAUACACACACACACAAGCACACACACACAAACCGUGCUAUGUGUCUUAGCAUUCUCAAAAACAGAUGCUCUUAACACAGUUUUCAAGGGAACUUGAGAGAGUAGUGGGAGAGGAGGGGACGUAUAACAAGAUUAAAAUCGAGCCAGAGCUCUAGGCUCCUCCAUUUAAAUUCCCUCCACUGCCUAUAGGAGCAGCCCGGUGGAGGAUAGGAUACUUUGUCUUAAAUUCCUCCGGCUUUUUGAUUUGAUUUCCAGCAACUGGAGGUCUCAGGUGGCAAAUUCCCCAGUUUACGAGCCCUCGCGUUGCUUCUCUUCAUCUGUGCCAGCUUUGUGGACUGUCAAACCUACUUCUCCAAAUGAAUCCUGAUAGGCUUUUGUCUGAGCAGUCGGGAAUUUAAACUAGGCUUUCUCUCCACCCCAGAUUUGCAACACACUCAAAAAUGGUUCUUAAAGUGGCACCACUAAUGUUAUCAGCAUUCAAAUGUAAGUGAAAUGAUUCAUGAUUCUGAUUAUCCUGCAUUAUAUUAUAUGAAUAUGAAUCUCAUGUAGCCACCAUGUUUGUGUUCUUUAACAGUUUUUGGGAUAAGCAGUCCAGCAUGACAGAUUGAAGCUCAGACUGUGUUUGGCCAGCCUCUGGUACAGGAACAUGAUGCGUUGUGACAUUCUGAAAGUGGAGGGGUGGAAGUCCAUCUCAGAAAGGAGGAACGCUAAGGGUGCUGCAUGUCAAAGGCCAUCGAGCAGAUGAGGGGAAUGCUUUGCUUUGAUGUAAACGUAUACCUGUAUUUGGCUAAAAUCAUGUUAUUGUAAAUAUAUAUCACAGAAGGUUUUAUGAAGCUUUAUUUUGUUUUCUGUUUUGGUUCUUCUGAAUCCAUGUACUUUGCACUUUUGUGUGCUGUGCUCAUCGUGGGUGAGGGUUGGGGGUUGGGGGGGUUUGGCUUUGUCUGUAACGACCUUGUCUGGAUGUCAGACAGACAGCUCAGCACGGCAUGAUAAAAGGAAGUAUAAACCUCUCUUUACUUUUCACUCAUCUGUCAUCUUCUUCACAGUCGCUUCUCUUUGUUUUUUUUAAAGCGGUACAGUUUGUUUGACAAAAACAAUCCAUGUAAAUAUCACAAGUAAAAAAUGUAUAUUUUUACGACUUCUGAGUUAUUACUAUUUCCUUUGCAAAUAAAAUAUACAAUGACAAGUUA